CAGUUUUUUUUAUGCACCCGCUGUCAAAACACGUUGAGUUUGUGGUUGCGGAAGAGCAUUUUUGGAGGUGAAUUUCAAGCACAAAUUCUCGCUCAAAAAGUCCCAGUGAUCGUGCAAGAUGCUGUCCGUCCCAGGAAGUGAAGGAAGGGUCCGAGGUCACCAGCGAGCUCCGUCGGAUUCAAAAGAGUUCCAUAUGAGGUGACGAAACGUGAUGCCCAACGGUGUUCUUGAAGAUGACAUUGAGAAGCUCCUGGAGACGUGUGAGGAGCAGAGGAAGGGUGCUGUACGGAGCGAUAUGAUGAGAUUUAGCAAUUUAUUUGGGCGUUUUCUGGCUGAAGAUGGUCCAUCGGUGGAUUGGAAUAAGAUUGAAAAGUUGCCAGAAGGAGCUGUGCAGGAUUAUGGGAGUUUGGUGACACCAGAUGAGAAUCACAUUCGCGAUGAGCUCAAUAAGUUGGUGGUAAAACUAAAUGGUGGCCUGGGUACAUCGAUGGGAUGCCAUGGUCCGAAAAGUGUCAUCCCUGUGCGAAAUGAUUUGACCUUCCUGGAUCUCACGGUGCAACAAAUUGAGCAUCUCAAUAAAGUGUAUAAAUCCAAUGUACCGUUGGUGCUGAUGAAUUCCUUCAAUACGGAUGAAGAUACAGAGAAGGUGAUUAGGAAGUACAAAGGAUUCCAAGUGAAGAUCUACACAUUCAAUCAAAGCUGUUUUCCGCGCAUCAGUCGUGAAUCCUUGUUGCCUAUUGCAAAGAAUUUUAGCGUUAAAGAUGAUAUGGAGGCUUGGUAUCCGCCUGGACAUGGUGACUUCUAUGAGUCAUUUGCCAAUUCGGGCCUACUGAGGAAGUUCAUCGAUGAAGGUCGGGUAUAUUGUUUCUUGUCCAAUAUUGACAAUCUCGGCGCCACGGUGGAUCUCAAUAUUCUCAAUCGGCUCAUUGGUGGUGGAGGAGAGAAACCCAUUGAAUUUGUCAUGGAGGUGACUGACCAGACAAGGGCAGACGUCAAAGGUGGUACGCUCAUUCAGUAUGAGAACAAAUUGAGACUGCUGGAAAUUGCACAGGUGCCUAAAGAGCAUGUCGAUGACUUCAAAUCUGUUAAAACGUUCAAGUUCUACACCAACAAUAUCUGGGCCAAGCUUGAUGCCAUCGAACGCGUACUGAAGGAAAAUACCCUGAAUAUGGAGAUAAUUGUGAACAAUAAGACUCUGGAUACAGGACUGAGAGUGAUUCAGCUGGAGACGGCUGUUGGUGCUGCCAUGAAGUGCUUCGAGGGACUCGGUAUAAAUGUGCCCCGAUCACGCUUCUUGCCAGUCAAGAAGACAUCGGAUUUAAUGCUGGUCAUGUCAAAUCUCUAUAGCCUUCGACAUGGAUCGCUAGUCAUGUCACCGCAGCGAAUGUUCCCCACAACGCCCCUUGUGAAGCUGGGUGAGAAUCAUUUUGCGAAAGUGAAGGAGUUCCUCGGUAGAUUUGCCAAUAUUCCCGAUAUCAUUGAAUUGGACCAUCUCACUGUGUCAGGCGAUGUGACUUUUGGCCGUGGGGUCUCACUCCGUGGCACAGUGAUAAUUAUAGCCAAUCAUGGAGACCGUAUCGAUAUUCCAGCUGGCGCAAUCCUAGAGAAUAAAAUUGUCUCAGGGAAUAUGCGUAUUCUGGACCAUUAGAUGCAGCCGCAGGAUGUUUCAAAGUGCAAUGUAGUCGCCUCUAAUACGUUUUCUUCUCUUUCUAAAAAACAAAAAAAAGUCCCAUGUAAGAAAAGUCCAUGAUUCGGUGCAAUAUUUAUAGGCUCGUUUUUAAUUGUUACAAGUACAAAAUUUUAUAAUGACUCAAUUCCUCCUAAAUAGAAGACACUAUGUCAACGAAUAUUUA